GGAUGAACCAGACUUUGAACAGCAGCAGGACUGUGGAGCUGGCCCUAAACCAAUUCCAAGGGGGCGUGGCAUACACGGUAUACCUGGUGGCGAGCUCCCUGGCCAUGUUCAUCUGCCUGUGUGGGAUGGCAGGCAACGGCAUGGUGAUCUGGCUGCUGGGCUUUCGCAUGCGCAGGACCCCCUUCUACAUCUAUAUCCUCAACCUGGCGGCAGCCGACCUCCUCUUCCUCUUCUGCAUGGCUUCCAUGCUCAGCCUGGAAUCCCAGCCCUUGACCAAUACCGUCAACAAGGUCCACGAGCUGAUGAAGAGGCUCAAGUUCUUUGGCUACACCGCGGGCCUGAGCCUGCUGACGGCCAUCAGCACCCAGCGCUGUCUCUCCGUCCUCUUCCCCAUCUGGUUCAAGUGUCACAGGCCCCAGCACCUGUCGGCCUGGGUGUGCACCCUGCUCUGGGUGCUGUGUCUCCUGAUGAACGGGGUGACCUCUUCCUUCUGCAGCAAGUUCUUGCUAUUCAAUGAACAGUGGUGCUUCAGGAUGGACGUGGCCCAGGCCUCCCUCAUCAUAGGGGUCUUGACGCCCCUGAUGACUCUGUCCAGCCUGACCCUCUACGUCCGGGUACGUAGGAGCUCCCGGCAGUGGCGGCGGCAGCCCACUCGGCUGUUUGUGGUGACCCUGACCUCUGUCCUGGUGUUCCUCGUCUGCUCCCUACCCCUGGGCAUCUACUGGUUUCUGCUGUUCUGGUUGCAGCUGCCACCCAAGAUGAUGUUCCUGAGCUUUGGCUUGUCGCGCCUCUCCUCGUCCGUGAGCAGCAGCGCCAACCCCGUCAUCUACUUCCUGGUGGGCAGCCGGAGGAGCCACAGGCUGCAGGGGUCCCUGGGGGCUGUGCUCCAGCGGGCACUUAGAGAGGAGCCUGAGCUGGAGAGUGAAUAGAUGCCCACCACAGCCACCAACGAGAUGGCCAGGCUUGAGAGCCAUCCACGGGUGCUUCCCAUCUGUGCCAGCCCGUGCCCUGGAGAUUCCUGAGCCCUGAGCUGCCUCCCACUCCGUCCUUGCCAAGUGCCGGGCCGGCCUGCCUGGGGGAGCCCCCACGAGUCUGCAGCUGCAUGUGGGGUCACUUCCCUGCCUGUCCGAGCUCCCCACACCACCUGUGUCCUGGAUCUCACCACGAGACCCUGCUGGUAGUUAAGAUGCCAUUCGUUUGUAGCAGGUCAUCUGGCUG